UUAUUCCCCAUUUGAUAUACAACUUUUUAAGAACACCCACCACCAUCUCAGUAGAGGCUUUAUUUCUUCAACUUCCUUGGCUUCUUUAAUUUCAGGGUUAUGGUGAAAAUGAUAAUUCAGAGCGAAGAAGAAGAAGCAACAAAGUUGCUGGAAAACCAGAAUGAUGGCAUCGAGGAUGAUGGAGCUGAAGGUGAAGAUAACUUUGGGGAGUGGUUGAAUUUGAGCCUGGGCAGAAAUGAGCCCCAGAUGACAGAGGACUCUGAUCACUUCCCAUCAAAUCCAGUUUCCAACAGAGUCUUCUCCUGCAACUUCUGUAUGAGAAAGUUCUUCAGUUCCCAAGCAUUGGGUGGUCACCAGAAUGCACACAAGAGGGAGAGAGGUGCAGCAAGAAGGUUCCAGUCUCAGAGGGAGGUGGCAAUGAUGGGCUUGCACCUCAGUUCUCCAAUGGUCCGAUCACUAGGUGUUCGACCCCACUCACUAGUGCACAAGCCAAGCAGGGAAGAAACAAAGAUGGUGGCACGGUUCAAUGAUUCCAACAAAGGCUUCAUGGCAUGGACACCAUUCAUGCUUGAAGAGGCAAUGGACUUGAUGUGGCCAGGAAGCUUUCAUGUGGAUCCCCAACAGCCCAAGCAACCACCAGAGCUACUUAAGCUUGAUUUGAAUCUUCGACUCUAGAUCAUCCACCUUCAAUCACACAAUGAUCUGGGUUCCUACUUUUAUUUCUGGUCCACUUGUCUGAUCUUUGAGUUUGUUAAUCGAUCGACCAAAGAAGCUAGCUAACUUAAUUGGGAAUGAACCAGACAAACUGAAGCUUCAAAACACUUGCAAGAAGGGUUGUCCAUGACAAAGAGAAUUACCUACUGUUUUCAAUUAGUGUACUAGUAAACAUCAGGUGUAUUGUGCUUUCAGUUCUCAAAA